CGGGAAGUGCCUGACGUAACGAGCGGCGGCAGGAGGCGCGCUAAUGGGAAGGUCAAGCGAGUGAUAGCGAGCCGUCUCGUCCCUGCUCCCAGUUCGUCAACACGGCGCUGAGCCCAGCAGUGAGAGCCACCACCGUCUUUGUUGUCCCAACGGUUUAUCUUCGCUUCUUCGGUCGUAUUGAGGACCCCCCCCCCCCCACACCAUAUCCGCCGAGCCCUUAAGAGACCAUGGUGUUAAAGGAGAUUCCUGCUGACAACAUAGCUCGCCCCCUGGGGCGCAAUGAGGUUAUCGGCCUGCUCUUCCGACUCACCAUAUUUGGAGCAGUUACCUACUUCACUAUCAAAUGGAUGGUGGAUGCCAUAGACCCUACCAGAAAACAGAAAGUGGAGGCACAGAAACAGGCUGAGAAGUUGAUGCGUAAGAUUGGGGUCCAGAAUGUUAAGCUGUCCGAGUAUGAGAUGAGCAUAGCAGCACACCUGGUAGACCCGCUCAGCAUGCAGAUAAUGUGGCGUGACAUCGCAGGCCUGGAUGAGGUGAUAACAGAGCUGAAGGAUACUGUCAUCCUUCCCAUUCAAAAACGCCAUCUGUUUGAAGGAUCUAAACUGCUACAGCCUCCAAAAGGUGUGCUGCUCUAUGGCCCGCCGGGCUGCGGAAAGACACUCAUCGCCAAAGCAACAGCCAAGGAGGCAGGCUUCCGCUUUAUCAACCUGCAGCCAUCCACCUUGACGGACAAGUGGUAUGGCGAGUCGCAGAAGCUGGCUGCUGCCGUUUUCUCCUUGGCUAUCAAACUGCAGCCUUCAAUUAUCUUCAUUGAUGAGAUAGAUUCGUUCCUGCGCAGUCGCUCCAGCUCUGAUCAUGAGGCGACAGCCAUGAUGAAAGCCCAGUUUAUGAGUUUGUGGGAUGGAUUGGACACAGACUAUCACUGUCAGGUGAUCAUAAUGGGAGCCACUAAUCGUCCUCAGGACUUGGACUCUGCAAUCCUCAGGAGGAUGCCCACAAGGUUCCAUAUAAACCAGCCUAGUCUGAAACAGAGAGAGCAGAUUCUCAAGCUGAUCCUGGAGAAUGAGAGUGUGGAGUCAUCGGUGGACCUCAGGGACAUCGCGCGGGAUACCGAGGGCUUUUCAGGAAGCGACCUCAGAGAAAUGUGUCGUGAUGCUGCUCUGCUCUGUGUCAGAGACUUUGUACACAUGCAGAGUGACAACAGCCCGGUGGAGGAUUUUAUUCGUCCAAUCCACCAUAAUGACCUGCAGAAAGCUAUCAGUAAGAUGAAGAAGUCAAAGUCAGCGGGCGGGCAGAAUGCCCUGAUGCAUGCCGCACUGGACUGAACACACACACAUACACACACGGACGCAUGCACCUACACACACAUGGGGAUGCUGUCACGUUUUACUGCACGCACACACGUGUUUGCAUAGCAGAUCUCCAUGCACAUACAUACGAAAACCCCCAACCACAGUCGGUCAACCACAUUUACACAAGCAAUGAACACAACGUUACUAACACACACCAAGCACACGCACAACUCGGUUUAUUGGCUGCAGUUCACACCAGGCCUCUAAUCUUGGGUUGGUUCCAGUCUGUUUUGGUCGGUUAGUAUAGUGCUGGACCACUGGGUCCAUUUAGAUAUUCAUCAUCAGGAACUUCUAAACAUCUCCCAGCUGUCAGAUUAUGUGCCAGAUUUGUUUAUUUUUUAUUGUUGAUAGAUACUAUUCCCUACGAGUUGGGUUGAGGAUGCGUGUUUUUUUUCCUCUUUCUGAUGUUGCUUCUUAUUCUCGCAGCUCAUCCAUAUUAGUUCAUCAUGUAUUGCCAGUCCCCGCAACAGAAGACGCCUUUGCCCAGAAAGAUGGCGUCAUGUAAAUAAAGCACCAUUUAACAGUAAGGAGGUACAUCCUUGGGCUCUGCUUCCCACCAGAGUGGCCCUGAUAUUUGCCUGGGGUAUCGAUGCCUUAACCGUGGGUAACCUUGAUAGCUGAUAUGGCCAAAUGUCCACAAUAA